CGCCAGACUAAUGAUUGUGCAAGCAUAACCAUUAAUUUUCUACUGUGGCAGAGAUGGAGACUAACUGCAAAUCGUCCCACAAAUUCGUAAGGUGUCUUGCUUUUUCCUCGGCUGUUUCAUUUCACGCUUUGGUCGGAAAACAGUCUUCAACAUAACCAAGUUGACAUUGCUGCAAUUAUGGCUGAAUAGCGAGGCGUAGAGUAGCGUGGAACACUGGCACUCUAUGCCCUAUCGACGCACGGUGUUUAUAUCCGAGACGUGGAAGUGCUGUACCGUAACAACUCCCAGAUCUUAAGGCCACAGACGUCAACAGCUUUUUGGUUAAAGCAGGGGGUGUCUUCAUCAGAGGUCCAACGUUGCAGGCCAUCAUGUCCAAGGCAACCAAGCGAAAACACGUGACCAGGGAGGUUCUGGAUGAGUACACUCUACCUGAAGAUCAUCAGCAGAUUGUUAAGGUGACCGCAAGCAGGGGUAACAACCUUCAUGAGGUACAGACUGCGACAGGGGAACAGUUUCUGGUCAGCAUGCCAACAAGGUUUCGCAAAAACGUCUGGAUUAAAAGAGGUGACUUCGUGAUUGUAGACCCCAUUCUGGAAGGGGAUAAAGUCAAGGCGGAGAUAGCGACCAUCCUCUACCCGAAGCAGAUCAAAUAUAUUCAAAAGGAGGGACUGUGGCCAGAUGAGUUUGCAAACAAGCCACCCAGUGGGGAGUCGGACAUGGCACACCCGGUCAACAAUCUGGACCUGGAUACGAUCACCAAGGACAUCUCUAAGAUCGGGCUGGGAGAAGAGGAUCCCACCAGCCCUGCAGAACAAGACGACUACGAAAGCGACAGCGAUAACGACGAUGACUUGUUUGUCAACACCAAUCGCCCCUCGGUGACCUAUUACUACUCCGAGAGUGAUGAAGAGGAGGAGGAAGGGGCGGGGCUUAGUGAUGAUGAGGGGGCGGAUGAAGGAGGAGAUGAGGGCGGAGAGAGAUAGGCGUUCCCUGUGCUGGGAUGAGAACAGUGCCACAAAGUGCUGCAAACGGUUAAAUUAGACACAGAUUCUGCUUGGACAAAAUGAUCUAGUUUGAGCUGCCACAUGUGGAGUCUGUGGGAUAAUCUGCAGGUUGCGGGUUCGAGUCCAGCCUAGGGUCAUGGUGCGCGUGUCCUUGGGCAAGGCACUUUGUCACUUAUUGCUCCUCUCUACCCAGGAGUAUAUGAGUACCUGUGAGGGAAGAGAUGGUUAUUGUGACUGAUUUUAGCAUCGAAAUGACAGCAUCGAGCUGUAUACUCCCAAGGGAGCUGAGAUUGUAUUUGGAAUGCUUCAUUGGCCCGAUGAUCAGGGGGAAUAAUAAUGUAAACCGCUUUGAUCUUUAAAAGCGAAAUACAAGUAUUCAUUAUUAUUAUUACGCACCUA